AUGUCCCAUUCACCCUCAGCAUCCAUCUCCAGGCGAUCACAAACACCACCCCAACAGUACCCUCAAUUCAUACUCUUCGGCGACUCGAUAACGCAGUUCAGCACCUCAGGCCUCCUGUCGCCGUUGUCGGAACGGUACAACCGGUGCCUCGAUGUCCUCAACCGGGGCAUGUCAGGGUACACGUCCCGAAUGGGUCUGGAGGUCAUGCAACGCUGGUUCCCAGCGCGACCGCCGUCCGAUCACACGCCGCAGGUGAAGUUGAUGACGGUAUUCUUCGGCGCCAACGACGCGACCUUGCCGGGCUGCGCGCAACACGUCCCCCUGGACGCCUACCCAGGCUACCUCCGCGACAUCGUCUCACACCCAGGCGUCGCGGCGCACAGGACAAAGGUCAUCCUCAUCACCCCGCCGCCUGUGGACGAGUGGCAGCUCGGCGUCGACGAGCGCACGGCGGCGAACACGCGCGCCUACGCCGCCGCCUGCCGCCAGCUCGGUCGAGCCAUGGACCUCCCAACGCUCGACCUGUGGACGAUCUUCAUGACCAAGGCUGGCUGGCGCGGAGACGAACCACCGCAGCAACCCCUGAUCGGAAGCCUGGCCGCGCCGCGCAACCAGGUCCUGGCUGAUCUGUUGUCUGACGGCUUGCAUUUCACUCCUCGGGCCUACCAGAUCGUCUUCGACGCCCUGUUCGCUCUCAUCCGAGACGAGCUGCCCGACUAUGUGCCUGACAAGUUGCCCUAUGUCUUUCCGGACUGGAAGGACCAGCUUGGUGCACAUUCUGGUUCAUACUGA